AUGACAAAGUGGAUUUGUCAAUAUUUUUAUUUUAAAGUGACGAAAGCAUUGAGAGAUGCAAAUUUAUCUUAUAAUAAUAUUGAAGAAGCAGCAGUUGGAUACGUUUAUGGUGAUAGUACAUGUGGACAACGUGCACUUUAUCCCAUCGGACUUACUGGAAUACCAAUUUUUAAUGUGAAUAACAAUUGUUCAACAGGUUCAUCAGCAUUAUUGCUGGCAGCGCGUCAUAUUCAAGGAGGUUUAGUCGACUGUGCCUUGGCUCUUGGAUUUGAGAAAAUGCAACGUGGCUCAUUAUCAUCACAGUUUUCUGAUAGAACAAAUCCAAUGGAUAGACAUAUUGAAGUCAUGACAGAACGAUAUGAAUUUGAUGCAGCUCCACCAGCUUCACAAUUAUUUGGCAAUGCUGGACGAGACUAUAUGCAAAAAUAUGGUUAUUAUUCGCAAUUUCGAGAAGAAUAUUCAUUAGAUGAAAUCAAAAAUUCACCAGUGGUAUACGAACCAUUAACAAAAUUACAAUGUUGCCCAACAUCGGAUGGAAGUGCGGCAGUUAUUUUAGCAAGUGAAGAAUUUAUUAGAAAACACCCACAUCUUCGGUUGAAAGCUAUCGAGAUAUUAGCUAUUGAAAUGUCAACAGAUCUAUCCUCCACAUUUGACUCUAAGGAUUGCAUGCGUCUGGUUGGAUAUGAUAUGACUAAAGCAGCUGCUGAACACGCAUUUUCACAAGCUGGAGUAAAGCCAACCGAUGUUCAUGUCGUCGAAUUGCACGACUGUUUUUCAGCAAAUGAACUUAUCACAUAUGAAGCACUGGGUUUAUGCAAUGAAGGAAAAGCUGGAGAAAUGGUUGAGAAAGGCGACAAUACAUAUGGAGGAAAGUAUGUGGUGAAUCCUAGUGGUGGUCUAAUAUCAAAGGGACACCCAUUGGGAGCAACUGGAUUAGCACAAUGCUGUGAAUUGUGUUGGCAAUUACGAAAUGAAGCAGAUAAAAGACAAGUAAAAAAUGCAAAAAUUGGUCUUCAACAUAAUAUUGGACUUGGGGGUGCAGCUGUUGUUGCAGUAUAUAAACGUGCUUUUGAAGAUGAUAAUAAGUAA